AUGGAAGUUCACAAUAGGAAAGAGAGGAGCAGGGAAGGGCUGGCAACUCUCACUUGGCCCCACGGCUCCCUCCUCCUCUUCCCCCUUCCCGCCCCCUCAAGGAGGCAGCUGCGGCUGAGACCUGGGAAGCUGCUGAUCCUUGCUAAACAUUGUUGCUCCGGCCGGCCCUCCAGGGCUCCAGGGAAAGGGAGGGGGUCCGAAGAGGAGGCCACGGACGGGAGCGCAGGGUCUGGCCUUGCGGGCAGUGAGUUGCGCCACACCCUUUCUGCACGGUUCCGUCGCGCGUCAGGGGCCUCCCUGGGAAGGGGCUUCGGGCCAGAGUCUCGGCCGGAGGCAGGGGCUUCAAGAGAGGCAGAUACAAAGCUCCGCGUGGCAGAGGAGCCGAAGGGCGCCCGGGAGGUGGGCCAAAGGAGGCCCUGCCGGCUCGCGGGGCACCGCAAGCCUCGAGGCGCUACGGGCGGCGCGGCUGUUGCCAGCCCCCGCGGCGCGCGCAAACUGCUCCAGUCCCCGAAAAGGGUGGGUGGGUGGUCGCCCGAGCGAAGUUUCCAGCGCUGGAUUCCUGCGAAAUUACGACGGCUCACCAGCGCCUGUGUUUUGCUGUCUCUCCCCCUCUUUCCUGCUCCCUGCCUCUUCCCUCCCGUUUCCCCCCACUCCCCGCGCCCCCGAAGGCCGAAAAGACAAGCGAAACCUGCCGCAGACGAAGGCUUUUGGGAUUGUAGCGUGUGCACCUUCAGAAACAGUGCUGAAGCCUUCAAAUGCAGCAUCUGCGAUGUGAGGAAAGGCACCUCCACCAGAAAACCUCGGAUCAAUUCUCAGCUGGUGGCACAACAAGUGGCACAGCAGUAUGCCACUCCACCACCCCCUAAAAAGGAGAAGAAGGAGAAAGUUGAAAAGCAAGACAAAGAGAAGCCAGAGAAAGAUAAGGAGAUUAGUCCUAGUGUUACCAAGAAAAAUACCAACAAGAAAACAAAACCAAAGUCUGAUAUUCUGAAAGACCCUCCUAGUGAAGCAAACAGUAUACAGUCUGCCAAUGCCACAACAAAGACCAGCGAAACAAAUCACACUUCAAGGCCCCGACUGAAAAACGUGGACAGGAGCACCGCGCAGCAGUUGGCAGUAACUGUGGGCAACGUCACCGUCAUUAUCACAGACUUUAAGGAAAAGACUCGCUCCUCUUCGACAUCCUCAUCCACAGUGACCUCCAGUGCAGGGUCAGAACAGCAGAACCAGAGCAGCUCGGGGUCCGAGAGCACAGACAAGGGCUCCUCCCGUUCCUCCACGCCCAAGGGCGACAUGUCAGCAGUAAAUGAUGAAUCUUUCUGAAAUUGCACAUGGAAUUGUGAAAACUAUGAAUCAGGGUAUGAAAUUCAAAUCCUCCACCUGCCCAUGCUGCUUGCACCCCUGGAGAAUCUUCUGUGGACAUCGACCUCUUAGUGAUGCUGCCAGGAUGAUUUCUGCUUGCCAUGGGCAUCUGGCCACCAAGGAAUUUCGCACCCUGACGAUUACUCUUGACACUUUUAUGUAUUCCAUUGUUUUAUAUGAUUUUCCUAACAAUCAUUUAUAAUUGGAUGUGCUCCUGAAUCUACUUUUUAUAAAAAAAAAAAAUCUGCUGUGCACAAUUUUCCAUGUACAUUACAACUGGUUUUUGUUUUUGUUUUGUUGGAGGGGAGGGCUGGGAGGGGGAGGGAACUUUUAUUUAUUGUGUUCACAAACUUCAUCCUUUCAGCAUAUCCUUUUAAGUUUAGUUCUUUCUUCCAGUUAUACUAUGUACUAUCAGUUUUGAUAUAACUAUAUAUAUAUAAAUAUAAAAUUAUAUAUAAAGGGUUAUUUGAAACCAAUCCAUGGCAACGCUGGUGCUUGAUACACUGUGAAGUGAAUACAACAUUGAACAGCUACAGAUCUGGGACAGUCCCUUCUAUGAAAGUGCUGACAUUUAAUUAAAAUCAGUUUUACAUGAAGUAUGUUCCAACCCACGUGGGAACUUGACUCUCUCAUCUGUCUAAAGAGUACUGGAUGAUAUAAAAAUAUAUAUUUUUUAAACAAUGUGAUCUCAAAUUUAAAGACUGCUCCAGAUAGCCUGCAUUUGCGAUGGAAUAACUGACAAAUCACAAGUGGUUUAGUUGGGGUGGGCCUUGGUCGUACAGAAGUAACUAAACUAGCUCCAGAAUGCCAAGUAUUCGUGUCAGUUACCAUUCCGUGUUAACACUGCUGUUCUCACAUACGCACUCACGAAACCUGGUGUUCUGUAACUCGAAUUCCAUCCAUUUUCCAGACCUCUGCUCAUGUCUAAGAUAAAUCUAGAAGUUGUCUCUUAGUUUUAAGGUUGAAACACUCUAUCAACUGUACUUUUGGUCCACACAGGAAGCAGUCCCGUUUCUCCUUUCCACACGACAUUGCUUUGAUGGUUUCUAUCAUUGCCUCGUGUCCCCCGGCUUCACAAACUAGUUCCGCUGUGAGAAUUCUUUUUUCUUUCUUAAAACCUACUAUGAUUCGUUUUACUGAACAAAGUAAACAUCCAGUCCCAGCAUGGAGCUUUUCAGAGUUUGGAGACAUGUCUGAUUCCCUGCUGAGGGCAGGAGACAAGCGUGAACGCUGAGCGCUGAGUGCCAGUGCCGCGGCAGGGAUAGCUCCUUACCGCCAGCAGCAUGAGACCUUUCCUCCUGGACAUGACAGUGGCUUGAAGAAACUGUUCUCUUUUAUACUCUUCACUCUUUUUUUACUGUCUUGCAGAAAGUCGAAGACCACUAAUAUAAGUCCACCCUUCCUUAUUAAAAAAAAAAUUUUUUUUUGUUUUACCUUGUUUUUGUUUGGAUUUGGGACUCCUGUUUGACUUUUGUGUUCUUAUACACAAUUUGUAGUACUUCAGAGUCAUUUCAAGUACGUGAAUUUAUUGUGUCCUUUAUUGACCAUACUUCAAAGACCCAUGGGAGGGCAGCCCAAUUUAUAAUGAAGCACCACAUUUUGGUGUUAAAAACCUGGUUUGCUUAAUAAUAGAAGUAAUUUCUAUCUAUGGAGGCAACAAGUAAAAAAAAAAAUUAACAGCUUGAAUUGAGUAGCCAACAGGAAAGGUUCCUUUCACAUUUACAUUAAAACUAUUCUGUAGUCACUAAUGUACCAUAAGUUAAAUUCUGUUCUCAAAGGUAUAGAUUAUAAAGCAGUGCCAUUUGUUGCUGUGGUCCUAUUCUCAGAUGCAUGGACAAUGUUUCCCUCUUUUUAAAAUAAUACUUGUAUCUGGGAUGCAAGCUAUGCUUAUCUUUUAAAAUACAUUUUUAAAGUAUUUAUUAAUGAACCAAAGGAAAUCAGAUGCUUUUCUGUGAGCAUCAGAAUAUAUAAUACAUAGUGAUUUGACUAUGAAUUUUAAAUCCACAUUUUAAUAUUAGUGGGAUAUUGCAAAGACAUUCCUUCUAAAGUUUUAAUAUUCCUUUUAUUAAGGGUCUCAGGGAGGGUAAAUUAGUCAGCCAUAUUUAUUUUCCAGAGGUGUAAGGAAUUGCUAAGUUUUUAAAUUAACUUUUUAAAAAAAAUUUAAAUGCCACCGAACUCAUGUGGGUUGCACUGCUUUUUGAACCAAUAAGUGUUGGUAUGCACUUUGUUCAGAAACACUGUGUACUUUUUCAAAAACUAGUUUCAUGUAAAGUGAUUGGACCCCCUAGAUUAGUGGAAAAAGCUGAUUAACCAGCUACUCAUAGGCUGCUAAUUAAUUCAUUGCCAAUGUCUUGGUUUUUCAGUUUUGCCUCCGUGAUAAAUUACAGAUGGGGAGGGGUGAGGGAAGGGGAGGAUUGCUUUAGAACAAGUAGCAUGAAAUUGGCAUCCUGGUAGAAACUGCAGUUAGCAGUGGGAGUUACCUAAGCAAUCGGAUGUUACAGGGCCAGCCUUGAGCUGCUGUUGCGGUUUCUGUCAGGGUAGCAAGGUGGUAGAUACUUUAGACUUUUGAUUUUUGUUUUUUUUUUUUUUUUGGAAAUUGACGAUGUCCCUCAGGCAUGUAUUCUGGAAAUGGAAUUCCUGUCACUUCCUGCGUUUGCAGUUUGCCCUACAAUUAGUAGGCAGCGCAUAAAAAACACUAGUGUAGAUUAUGAAGAUAUAUAUUAAAAGAGGACCAGAAAUACUUGGUAUUCAGUGGCACAGAAAGCAGGUUAAAAAAAUAAAAAAAAAAGCACAGUGUUACGCUUACAAGUUUCCAUUUGUUUUAAUACCACACAAUCUUUUCAUACUUGUGUGCGCACACGCACACAGCUUACCUGACUCGCUCUGUUUGAGUCAUGUGGUUGGGGGAAUAAAGAUAUCUUGACACCUACAGACUAUUUUAAUCAAAACCUUUCAGUUUUAUCUGGAUAUCUGAAAACAUUGGCAGACGCUUCUGUGAGUUUAGUUCCACUAAGAUGUUUCACCUGCCUUAUGAAGACCAUUCUCAGUCUACUUUUUUAAGCUACCGUAUCUUAAAUUAUUGAGAAUUUAUUAAUUGCUGAAUAUAUAAUAACCUUUGCUUGUAUGUAACCGAAAAUGGUUUAAGAGCCAACAUUUAGAGUAUGACAAUGGGGCUGAACAGUUUUUAAUGCGCAAGCAGUUCUGUUCUUGUGUAUGACUUGUAACCUUAAUUUACUGUGUAAAGAUGGUUACAUUAUUUCCUUAGCUUUGUUUGUUGGAGACAAAUAGAGAAUGCUUGUUAAGUAUGUCAAAACAUAAUCUUGUGAAUUUUUGUUAAUGUAUUAUACGAGCUCUAUUUUUCAUUUGCCCAGAAAGACAGCUUGUAUAACGCUUUGGGAAGUUUCUGCUCUGUAACGUCUUUAGAGCUGACAGUCUGUUAGGUUUGUUUUUUUCUUCAUGCUAAAGUGUCAGUUGGUGGUUUUGUGAACUGGUCAGAAAUUCACAGGUCUUAAAUGUUUUGGGGAAAUUUAUAUUGGACACUGCUCUUUGUCUAGCAAAUAAAAGAUGUUAAUAUAUUCCUGUUACUGGCAUGUGCACGACUAUGUUAUUAGAAGCCACUUUAUCAUUUUCCUGCUUUAAAUAGAAAUGUCUAUUUAUGAAUUCUGCUUGUAGUUUUUUCACAAAUAAAAUAGUAAAAUUUA